AACCCGUUAGGAAACCCAAACAAAAAAAAACAAACAACCCAAAAAAGAACUUUUCGAAAACCCUAAUUCUCAAUCGAUUCCUCUCUUUCUCUCCGCUCUCGUCUUCAAGACUUCAUCGAUUCUCUCCGCCCUGGUCUUCGUCGAUUCGAUUCAAGAUGGAAGAUUCUAAGAAGAGACGUCUAGAAGAAGAGACUGAUGCGAUUCUCACGAAGAGACCUAAGGCUGAUGCAGGUGUGCAUUGUGAGGCUGAUGUGAGAAUGCUAGACACAAGAAGUCACCUAACCAUGCUCUUCAUGGGGCCCUCUGGAUCUGGAAAGUCGACUAUUGUGGGACAAAUUCUUCUACUGCUCGGCCUAGUGAGCAUUGAAGAGCUGCAAGAGAAUGAAGCACUAGCAAUAGCUGAUGAUAGACAAGGCCGGCAGUUGGCGUACAUAAUAGACAAUAAAGAGGACGACCAUAGGCUCAAUGAUGAGAUGCAGCUCGGAAACGCAAGCUUUGAGAUUAAGAGCAGAACCUUUACUGUUUUGGAUGCACCGGGUCAGAGUCGUUUGGUGCCAAAAAUGAUAAAAGGAGCAUAUGAGGCAGAUUUGGGUAUUCUGGUGAUUUCAGCCUCUGAUGGGGAGUUUGAACAAUGUUUUUCGAGUCUGACUCAAGAGCAUCUUCAACUCACAAGCGCUUUUGGAGUGGAGAAACUAAUUGUUCUCAUUAACAAAAUGGACACCGUACUGUGGUCUACGGCUAGAUUUGAGGAAAUAGAAGAAAAGCUCUCCUCGUUUCUGUUUCUGAAAAAUUACUUUCACAGCGAGAAUGUUACCUUCUUACCAGUGUCGGGACUCCAUGGAGACAACAUUGAAAUGUGUCGAAGUGGCACUGUGCGCUCUCUCUUUGACGUUCUCGAGGCUAUGGAUCUUGUUCCGAGAGGGGAUGCUUCUGCGCCAUUCAGAAUGCCUAUUAUUCAAGUCUACACAAAUGAGGACGGAAAUCAUGUCAUUUAUGGGAGGGUCUGCUCUGGAACGAUAAAGAAGCAUGAUUACAAACAUGAUAACCUUGUUAUCAUGCCAUAUCAGGAACGUCCAAAGGUUGUUGCUUUGUACUGCAUCAAGGGCAAGAUAGAAGUUGAUCAAGCGGGACCAGGUGACUAUGUGUCAAUCCACAUAGUCCCUCCACAUAACGACAUCCACCCUGGCGCUGUGCUCUCCUCCGGCGGUGCUCUCAGUCGCACUAAGUCUUUUACUGCGGAGUUGCGUUUCCUAAAGACGCCUGCUAGGAUGUAUAAUGGUUUCAAAGCCAUGCUACACAUCCAUUCACUAGAGGUGCAUAAUUGUGAGAUUGUUGAAAUGAAAAAAUUCACCAAUGGAUCCUGGUCAGGAAGAAGGCGUUUUGUGAAAGAAGGGGAAUUUGCUCUCUGCCGUAUAGAGGUUCCUGAGGACUACAUCAGCAUAGAAGAAAUUGCUAAUUUUCCUCAACUUGGGGAGUUAGUUUUAAGAACUGAAGGAUAUACAGUUGCGGUUGGGAAUGUCAUCUCUUGGGACCAAGAUGAAGAUGUUGUGAUGGCUGGAUUUUGAAGACGAAGACAAUAUGUGAACUCGUUCUCUGGUAUAGAACUGUUUUUUUGCUUUACUCGUAGUGAUUAGCUUGUCUUUUCAUCAGAUAUGAGAGAUUUGAGAUUCUUAUGUCUAUUUCGGCUUCCUAGGCAUAAAGACGAGCUAGCUAUAUCUGGGCUUUCCAACACAAAACCAUAAUAUUGUGAUUUCCUAACAUCGUGUUGGGCCACUAUUAUUUUUGCAUAACAACUGCAACCAUAACCUUUUUUCUUA